AGGAAACGGAAAUACGAAUACCAGGCUAUCAAUAAUAAGCGUAUGGGUAGAAAACUAGCAUUUUGAUGCUAUCAUUCCUCUUAGUCUCGUUGGGGUUUGCUUGAAUUGAAUUUACUGGAGUUAAUUUUGUUAAUAUUAGCCUUCUGUGUUAACGUUAACAUUAAACGACUAACUCAACAGGCUAGUGAGGUGCUACCGUGAACAAGCUGGUGCUGGUUUGUUGACGCCUGGCUGCAGAGAAGAGUCACUGUCGGGAGGGAUUCAGUGAUUAUGGCCGACCCUGCGCGCAUCAAACCUGAGGUUACAUCCGAGAGAGCGACGUCUGCCAACGAGGAGCAUCCUAAAUCAGAGGAAAGUGAAGAUGUGCCAGCCACAGCAAAACCCACGGAGGAAGACAAAGAGUCAUCCUCGCAAGAUCAGCCCAAACAGGAGGUUAAAUCUGAAAGUCAGGCAGCUGGGGAAGACGAGGAAGAAGGAACCUCCGGCCAACCUAACGCCAAAAGACUGAAGGUGGAACCAGAAAAGAAAAAGGAGAAGCGCCACAAAGUUGAUGAGGAUGAAAUUCAAAAGAUGCAGGUUUUGGUGUCAUCAUUUUCUGAGGAGCAGCUGAAUCGAUAUGAGAUGUACAGACGUUCUGCUUUCCCCAAAGCUGCUAUUAAAAGGUUGAUCCAGUCCAUAACAGGAUCAUCAGUGUCCCAGAAUGUGGUGAUUGCCAUGUCUGGUAUUUCCAAGGUUUUUGCUGGGGAAAUUGUUGAGGAAGCGUUGGACGUUUGUGAGAAGUGGGGAGAUACACCACCGCUGCAGCCCAAGCAUAUGAGGGAAGCAGUGAGGAGGUUGAAGAGCAAAGAUCAGAUUCCCAACUCCAAGUUCAAGCACAUUCUCUUCCACUGAGGCACCUGUGCUUUAGAUUGUAUGGGAACUCUAACCGGUAAAUGCUUGAUGUAACAUACAGUUCAGUAAUCAUACUCAUGCAUUACAGUUGUAAAUACAUUAUGUUUUAUACUUGUGAAAUGUUUCAUUCUUGUUACUUAAUUAAAGAACCAGUGAACUUUC